AUGUCAAAGAAACACUCCAAGUUGGAUAGUCUCUUUUCCAGCAUGCAAUCUGACGAGCAACUUCGUAGCCCCAAUGUAGAAGAUAUUUCUGAUGUAUCUUGCAUUUCAUUCAGAGGGGAUCAGUUAUUCCAUCCAAAAUCUACACUGUCGACGCCACCUGGAUUGGCUCCAAUUUCGUUUCAUUCUGCUGAGCCUGCAAAGAUCAAAUACCAUUCGCAUUCGAAAUUUGCAUCGCCACCGCCUGGAUUUCCGCCUAAUAGUGGGCCUAAUAAUGAAAAUAUGCAAUCAGCCUCGAUAUUGGAAUUGUCUGAUCAUAUGAAAAGCCUCCUUUCAAAAAAAGACACCUCUUUUAAAGAGCCCUGUACUCCUCCCGACAUCAGUUCUGAUUCGAUCUCUACGGGCAUCAUAAACGAAUGUUUAAAUGACCUUUUAGGCCGAAAGAAUUUGCACAAUGGCUUGGAAUUGCCGACAUCUGAUAAGCCCUAUUGGUUGAUGACUGAUCGUGAAGUACGACAUAUUUGGAGAAUUUCAAUGACGCCCGUCAUUUCUGCGCUUUGUAAAUCACCCUGCAAUGUAAAUAGCAGCAGGGAUCAUUUCUUGGCCGAAAAUCCCAAUCUUUUCCUCGAUAAAGAGGGAAGGAUCGAGUAUCCAAGAGACUACACCGGUGAUGAUUUUUAUUUCGCUCAAUAUGCGCCCAAAAAAAGCGCAGACAAAAAAGAGCUCCCAAAAGUAGCUGGAAACCUUCUUUUUCCCUCCACUGCCACAACGCGUUUUGGACGCAGAACGUUCAGAGAACCCACCAUCUCAAAUGAAGUACAUCUCAAAUCAAUCCUUCCCCACGUGCCAAAGCUGGCAAGUCGGGGUGAAAAGGUUGUAGAUGGCGCACUCGGGAAAAUAUCUUUAAAUUCCCUCCGUCGACCAAAGCAAUCUAUUUCAAUCGACUCGAUGCCGGUUUCUUCUCCUCCAAAGCUAGUUGAAAACAAUUCUUUUUCCAAAAUGGUUUCGCUUUCGAUGGCCGAAAAGGUAUAUCAAGCUUUGAAUAAAUCUGCUGGCGAGAAGGAUUUGUUAGCACUCAUUGCAGAUCCGCAUUCUUUACUUUCUCUGGUCCAAACUCCAAAAGGAAAACGCUCGAUUCCGCUCAUCAUUUCUGCGUUGUCGUCGCCAACAUCAGUGGAAUGUUCCUCUAGCCUUUUCUCGAUAUUCCAGACAAUACUGUGUAAUUUAUGUCUAUUUUUGUCUUCGAUGUCAACGUCUCAUUUGCAACACGAGAAUUACAUAAAGGAUGACAAUGCUGCUGUGGUGGAAUCCAUUCUUACCCCAUUUGUAUCUUUCUUAACGCAGCUUUCUGUGCCCGAAAUGUUUGAACUUUGUAAAAAAAUUGCAAUUCAACCGGGUCUUUCUCAGAUAAUUUCACACUCUAAGGCUGGUGGGGCCAAUUUUCAUGCCUUCGAAGACACUUGGAAUCAAGUAGCCGAAUCUCUUUUCAACUCGCUGUGUAUAUCUUUCCCCGCGAUGCUAUCUCCAUCGUCGUCCCCUUUUCCACAAACCGAAGAUGACUUGUUUUAUGCUUGGCAAUUUCUGGCCCUACUUUCAGCUCAUAUUUCGUCCGCUAAUUGCCAUACUCUUGUAAAUGUGCUGAGAGAUCCAAUUCUAAGUGCCGCUAAUUCAGGAUCUCCUGAACCAAUUAGGAACGUUAACCUUCUUUUAAAUAUGAUUGGCCUCGAUGCAUCUCAGUUGGCCCAAAAAAGCAAAUAA